GCCAUGCUAACCGAAAUUGUGCUCGUGAUGACGGCACUGCCACUGCUGGGCGUAGCCGUCGACCAGUCCGAGUUGGAGGUGACCAGAUUGCCGGGACUCCGUGAACGCAUAAACUUCAGGCACUACUCGGGUUUUCUGAACGCCGCCGAAGGUCGACUGCUUCACUAUUGGUUUAUGGAAAGCCAGCGGUCCCCGUCUGACGACCCCGUGUUGGUGUGGUUGCAUGGAGGACCCGGAUGUAGCUCGCUCAUUGCUGCUGCCAUGGAGAUGGGCCCGUUCCGCAUUGACCCUCAGGGCGAGCACGUAACCAUAAACCCAUUCAGCUGGAACAAGAUUGCAAAUGUGAUAUUCCUCGAGGCACCGGCAGGUGUCGGUUACUCGUACGACCCCACCGGUAACAACAGUAGUGACGACAACACGGCCACCGAAGACAACUACCAGGCAAUACUGGAUUUCUUUUCCAAGUUUCCGCAGUUCAGGAAGAAUGAGUUUUACGUGACGGGUGGUUACACCAUCGGAAACGGAGCGGUGGAUUUCGAGCUCUACAGCAAGGCGAUCCUCUUUUUCGCCUACUACCACGGCCUCUUCGGAGACGAGUAA